AAUCAAAACCCGGAACUAAUCGUCGAUCGUGGGUCUUGUUUAGUAAAACGUCUUUGGAGGAGCUGGCACGGUUCGCCGCUCGCCGGUCAUGGAGAGUUUAGGAAGUCCGGCGUCCUCCCCUUUAUUCUCCCCGAUUGGCGGUGAUACGCUGGGCUCGGUGCCGUCCGGACGGCUUGGAGACAAGGCGGGGUGGGCGAAGAAGAUGCAAGGCGCCACCGAUUUCAGUUUGAAUUAGCCGAUCGUGCCAUCCACGUCCCCUAGCGUCUCGGUAAGUUUCCUGUCGGGUUAAGUAAAGGCAGGUUCUUUUGUUUUCCGCCGCGAAAGCCGGGCCUAGCCGCUGCGGGAUGGGAUCCUAAGCCGGCUUCUCCGGCAGCCUCUGAGCACAACUGGAACACGGAAGGGGAGCAAAGUUAUAUCAUCUGUCACCGGUUAACGCCGUUGGCGAUGCGCUGCGGCGUGCUGGCCCUGGGACCGGCGGCUGGCCAUCCGCUCACAAACUGAUAUGGACUCCUGGCCCUUAAGCCAGUGCGAUGGACCCCAUCCUCAGGACGCUCAGAUGCACAGCAUGGCAGGAGCCAUCGAUCUGUCGAGGAGGCGUAGAGAGACCCUGGGCGAUGCCGGCGCUGCAGAGACGCUAAACAGGGCACUAGGGUCUGGCUGCGUCAGCGGAGUGCCGGUGGGUGACCGCAGGGUCUCCCCCCCAUGUUUGGAAUGGCCCAUUGAUAGGACAGAGGUGCCUGAUGGGCCGGUUAGGACCAAGGGAGAAGCUGCGGGGGGAGCUUGCUUUGCGCAGCUGGGCCACGGGAAGUCAGCAACCGCCAGCCAGUGGGGAGGCCAGAAAGCGGAAAGACAGAAUGGGUCCGUGCACCCCCGGCAAAGGGACGGGUGUGCCGCUGGGUCAUGGGGUCGAGGCCCGUGCUCAGGUGGGGCCGAGGGCCAUGUCCCCACACAGGGGUGUUAUGCUGUAAAUGGGGGGCACCUCUAUGGUGCAGGGGGCGCCGCAUGUACCGCUCCUGUGUCACCAGGUGGCAGGGCAGCCCCCUCCAUAGAGCCUCGGUCAGCCACGGGGGAGAAUCCUGUUACCUCAGUUCUAGAUGCUAAAAGAACUGGACCAGCAGGGGAGAGAUCCGGCGGUUCUACGGUUCUAGCAGGGCCAGAACGGCCCAGAAGGGACCGUGGCGAUGAGGCAUUGGUCACGGAAUCGUCCGGCGCAUCGCCGAGGCCCGGAGCAAGUCCAUUAGAUAAUGAGGGCGUCUGGGGCAGCCAACUUGAUGCCGCUGUUGGUUGUUGUUUCAGAGAUGCGGGGCUUAGUACCUGCUCAGUAAGGACGGUCACAUCCGAAACCAUUCACAACAUCAUACCUCUGCCAGGUGUAAAGGCAGCAAAUUGCCGUCCACCUGAACAGCAUGGUAGCCUGGAUGCAGAAGGCGAGGAAAUGCCGAUGAGUCUGCAGAGUGGAGUGUGCGAGGUUGGAGAUGUUCAGGCCUCACUGGAGAUGUCAGCCUGGUCUGGGGAAGAGCUGGGGACGAAGGCAGCAUGUGACGAUCACAGCGGCCAGCAGCCUGAAUGCGUGGGCGUACUGCCGCAGACCUGCUCUCCUCCGGCGCGGCCUACCUUAGCCGCCACCCCACCAGAGAGUGGUCUACAGGGUACCUCGCCGCCUAGUGGCGAAGAGAGGGAUGACCCGAGAAGCCUGGAUGCGGCCAGGGGGGGCCAGGGGGGGGGCAGGAAGUGUUCUGCGAGCAGCCGAGUCGUGGCGAAGAAGCCGCGUUCGGCAAGAAAGAGGCCCAGGAGUGUGCAGCUGGGCCCGUCGGCCCUCUUUGGCCCCCGGGAGCCCGAAAUCACGCUGAGGUACGCCAGCCACAAGGGGGACCGUCGGUGCUCGACCGCGACAGACGCCUUUGUGCCCUACGUGCGCCUGGAGCGAGGGGAGUUCAGCGUCUGCUCUGUGGUGAACAGCCCUGAGGAGGAGCAAACCGGGCGGCAGAACGGCCAGCCGCAGGCGGACUCUCAGUUCGGCUCCAGUGCUGUGCCCACCAGCUCCUGCCUGCUUCUGGGUCGCCUGGCCACCGGGGUGGGUAUCAGGCCCGGGCCCCUGUGCUGCCUGUGCCACAGGGCGUCCAACGUCUUAGAGCUGGGUGACCUGCACGGACCGUACCGUCCCAUUGGGACCGGGCCGCCCCGACCGCCGCCCUCUCCUUCCCACGCCCCGGAGGAGGAGGAGUCCAACCAGUCAGAUUCAUCCUGCGGCCUGCAGGGCGGUGCACUGAAGCGGGGGUUCCCGUCGGAAACGGCUCACGGGCGGCUUGGCGACAGGGAUGUGUGCCUGACACGCCCAAGCAAGUGGCCCAAAGAGGGCGCCCCCGCCGAGGAGCGUCACUGCGAACCGGACCCCAGAGAGUACUGGAUCCACGAGGACUGCGGAGUCUGGUCACCGGGUGUUUUCCUAGUCCAGGGGAAGCUGUAUGGCUUGGAAGAGGCGGUCCGAUUCGGCCGGGAGACGGUAUGUUCCCUGUGCCACAAGGAUGGGGCCACUCUGGGGUGCUUCUUCAAAACCUGCCCCAGCAAAUUCCACUUCAGCUGUGCCGUGCAGGCAGACUGUGUGCUGAACAAAGAGAAUUUCUCCAUGAAGUGCCCGACACAUAAGAACAGACCAGUGAAAGGCUCGGCUCCACCGGAACACUGGUGACACGACGAGUGACAUGACAGUCUACUAAAGAGUCGCGACAUUUCUCUGGACGCAGGACGACCCGGUUGGAUGGCAUCAUUGUGAGCUGGGUGUAGGAAUGUGAGCAUGUCCCUCACAUUUGUGCUGUGCGAGUACCCACAAUGCCCCUGGAGGGUCGGGCCUACCUGAGGAGUGGCCUUUUUCAAUGCAAAACACAAUAUUUUUUUCAAUGAUUAUUUUUUAAAAUUCUUUCCUGGAAGCCUUCAUCUGUUUUUGCUGGUCCUUAUCUGCUCUGACGGAUUCCAGAACCAUAUCUUCAGAGUGGGGCCCGUUUACGGAAGGGACCAUCGUAAUCCACGAUGUCGACCGUGACGGGGGGGGAGAUAUGUAGUACCCGCCUCGCAUGUACAUUUUUUUAGAUCUCACUGUGAAACCGGUGGCAUCCUGUCCACUAAAAUGAACUGAAGACAUUAAUGUUUUUAUUUUCUUCAGGAAGUUAUAUUUUGUUGGGCUGGGUUGACUGACUUGUGUAUAUUUAAUGAUGUUUUUUUUUCUAUUUUAUUUCAGAGUUAUUUUAAAAUUCACACGGUCUGUUUCUGUAAAACACCAAGGUGAAUGUGAACGAAAGAAUUCCUCUCUCUCGGAGUUCGCCUGGGUUGAACCCGAGUAACGAUUCAGUCCCUGUAGCUGCUACUUUUGGCUCCUCCUCCUCCCCACCCUCCUCCACUGAGGGUCACCUUGCAUCACGGGGCAUAGCAGGUCGUGUCGUUUCCUCCAAUCAGCCGAGCAGUGGCACAGGGCAUGAGGUAAAGAAGCCUUUUCUGGUUGGUUCUUGCCUGCUGGUACUCUGACCAAUCUGGGCCUCUUUUAUAUACUGUGGUAUAAAACAUGUAGUGUGAGGAUGCUGUCAUGUUGGGGGGGGAAUGGCUGGUACUUAACAGGUCUGAAUGACGCAAGACUGUGACCCCCCCCCCUCCAGAGAGCAGCUCCAUCUUUAUAGCCUGAGGGCUCAGACGUUGUGUUUUCCUAAGGCUGUAUCAAGAUCUCCACCUUAAAUCAGAGCUGGAUUGUUCAGGUCAAGAGAGUAAAAAUCCAGACCAAGUUUUAACCUAUCAGCUGAGAAUAAAGAGUCCCAGUCACAGGGAACUCAGCCUGGUUGGUUGAAGCAAAAUCUUGGUCUGGAUUUUUACUCUGGACCUGAACUGUCCACCUCUGCAAGUGAUUAAUACUGAUCCAUUUAGAGUGAUUUCGGAGACUGUUUGCAGUUUUGAAACUGAUGGCCGUACAUGCCGGUCUCCAAAAGUGCCAAAGGUACUCUGUUUUUUUCCCCAUUCCUAAACCCAAUGUGCCCCACCCACAGGAUGCUGUCACUCCCCCAGCCCCCAGGAGGAUUCUGGGAAAUCCUUUGGACAAAUAGCUAUCCCGUGAUGCCGUUUACCAAGACGGUUCUAUUCAGCCUGUCUCCUAUUUAAAUAGGUAUCGGAUGACAUAAGACUCAUCAGCGGUGACCUUGAAUGGUUUUAGGAAUCGUUAGUUAUUUAUGAAGUCGUCGGUGUCGUUAAGAGCUAGUCUGUAAAAGCUACGUUUGGGGUCUCCGGACGAAGUGGGUUGUUGUUUCUCCCCUACAGUUCGGCUUGAAUUUCGCCUGAAAUGUUUCGUUUACACCCUGAAUGCAGAGCAAAUUCUCAUUUUGUAAGAUGCCUCUGGAGGCCAUGGUCUGCUGCUUUGUGGUCAGACGAGCCUGUGCGCACGUGUCUGUCUGGUUUAAGCUCUGUUAGGUCCCCACCCCAAAUAAUAGCUUUAGUGCCCAGCUGGGGGGUGGGGGGGGGCUUCUUACGAAUCUAUUAUUGUGAUAAUUAUUUACUUAAACCGAGCCACCCCACAGUGAAAAAUAUAGCUUAUGUUUGAUCCGUUGCACUGUAAUGGACUGGCGUCAUGUCCUGGGCGCCCCCCCCACCCCGUGCUUCUCAGGAUAAGACACCAGGAUAAGCAGCUAUAGAAGCGGGGUGGGUUGGUGAUACGAUUUGUGCUCGAGGGAAAACAUUAUCCUGACCAUCCAUUGAUUUGGCAAAUUUGAAGCAUGAGAAUUAAUUGACAAUAUGGCAGGAGGGACUCAAACAUGGGUGUGAUGUAACCAAACAGCAAUGUGACUAAUUUGGUUACAUUGUGGACUUCAUGGGGAGUCACAUGGUCACGCACAGCCAUUGUUAAACACAGACCAUGCUUUCAGCGAGGCUAGUCUGUAGUUUCCCACAGAGAUGGACAUUUCAGGUCCCGGGAGUACAAAUCCAGACCAAGAUUUUGUUUCAACCAAUCAGUUGAGUAUAAAGAGUCACAGUCACAGAGUCCUCAGCUGGUUGGUUGACACAAAAUCUUGGUCUGGAUUUGCACUCCCGGGACCUGAAAUGUCCACCUCUGGUUAACCCAUAAUGCCUUGUGAUGUGCAUAUCUGUAACAGUCUCAUUGCACCUGAACAGGAACAACAACGAUUAAGAAGCGGCUACAGUAAUAGGAAGAGCAGAGCAGUCGUCAUAACUCUGAGAAACAAACCUUCUUCCUUUUAACUCGGCUUUGGUCACUCUCCUCAUGUGAUUCCACAUCAUUGUGUCGAGGAAGACAUGGAGAUGAAUUGUAUAAGUACAGUUUCUGUAUAAGUAGGUUUCUGGAUGGGAGAAUUUUCCAGACAGAUUUUACAAUAGAUGAUUAGAACAGUUUUUUUCCUCCUUUGAUUGGUUUUGUUUGUGACAUUGUGCAUUAAGGCUAAUUUGACACUAUGUGCUUUUCCAGAUAUAUUUUUUUAAUGGUACUGCUAAAUAAAGUGCUUGGAACAUUGGGA